AUGGAAGUAAAUUUUAAAGGCGAUCAAGCGGAAGGAAUAAUGUGGUCAAAAGUUGACGAUCAGGCUUUAACGCGAUUAAUGCAGGUGGAGGAAGAUCCGAGCAGCCGAUUCGUCGACUUUUCAAACGCAACAGACCUGGAGCAGUAUAUCUCGGAUACAGAACAGGCGUUGAUAGGCUGGCAUCUGGACAACAAGGGCCAUGCAUCGCUCGAGACGCUGAAUGGCAUUUUUGCAAAACGGCUACGACCUCAAAAGCGGCGCCAAGCUGCAGCUUUAGACGCCGCCGUGUGGCCAGACACCACGACACACGGCAGAAUGAAGAGCCUAAUGCUUCCGUUUAAAACGCUACUGGGAACUCAAGAAAUGGCAAACGGGCUUGAGUAUUUUACACCGACAAUGCUUUCAGUAGAUGAUGCCAGUAAAGACUAUCUGUGGGAAAUGAGGGGGAUUGAAAUGUCUGAGAUUGAGAAGGAAAAGGAGACAGGAACGAGUAUCUCGCUCUCCGCGUCGGCCUUUGAGGCAGACGUGAAGCCGCAAUUCUAUCGGCAACAGUCGUUAAAAACGUUCAAAAAUGUGUUUGAGCCGUCUCAUGGCACGUGGAUUGGAUUAGCAGUUCCUGAAGCCCCAGGCAACGUGUCAAUGUCGUUUGAAACAGAAUCUAUUUCAGAACUGAACUUCAAUCAUAGCUACAUCAGCGGUCUGCUCGACUUUUUCAAAAUCAAGUUGCAGUCGUCGCCGCACGUGAAAGAAAAGUGUCGUAUUGAGACAGAUAAGUCGGAGGACCUUGCAAUUAGUAUGACAGUAUCAGCAUCGUUUGCCUUUUCAUGGAAUCGAACGAAUGAUCCACGUGAAGUAGCGAUAUCGGAGAAUCUUCUAGCAUGGAGAUCAUUGGAGCCCCAGCAGCUGACUGAGACUAAUAACCAAAGUCCCCGAAUCAGAAAUAAGCUCUUUGGCGAAAACCACCCUAUUCCAUUGCUGGGUAGCUCCACUUCUCCUUUGGAUAAAAUGGAUCUUACAUCAGCUGGCCACAGCUGCGUGAAGAAACCGCGAUUGCUGCUCAGCAAGCGAGUUGCAAUCCUUGUGCAAGUCUGUUCCAACUCUAGAGAGUUGCACAAGGACAUUAUGGGAUCCGAGUUGUCGCCUCCUAUGCCACUUCUAUUUUCACCAUCUAAGGCACUAAACACACCAAGUGCCGGUCAAUGCGGAGAGGCUGCUCAAACACAGCUCUUGUCAACCGUUCCGGAGUCCAUCCCUGCCGCCCGUGCAGCUGUUACUUUUGUGCUUAGCAAUGCCAUUUCAAGCUUUGUAUCGGCUGCCUCGUGGAAAGGCUCAGACCUAGAGGGAUUCGGCGGAUUGUGUUCGAGUUGUUCAAUGAUGGCAAAAACGAACAAGAUAAAGAUGGUGGUGAAAAUGAAGAAUACAGUCGCAGGCUUAGUGACAAUGUAG